AUGGGAUUGACCCAGACCACAGGCAAAGACAAAGUUCCACUCAACCCAGGUGUUAGACCAAUCGAAGUUUUCAUGUGUAGUGUAGUUAGAAGAUUUGGUUAUGGUGACGGAUUUAGAUGGUUAUCAAACUAUAUCAAUUAG